UUUCAUGACUUGAGUCCAAUUCCAGACGCUAUGUCAGUAGCAUAAAGAACUGAACCACACAGCUACCAAAUUUCAUCUUGUUUUCAUCUUUCUCACACAGCAGCUUCCAAAAUUAAUCUGGUUAUCAUCUUCCCAUCUUCCUCCCGUAGCAGCUUCCAGUUAUGGCUCGUAGAAACUUGUCGAAGACAAAAAGGAUUCUUCUAAUGCUGGACAAUGUUAAGGAUUUACUUAAUUUUGUCUUCAUGAUAUGCAUUAUGAUGUAUAUCAUUGCAGAACAACAUUAUCGGAAGUAUAGAUUGAAAUCACGAUCUAUUUAUGAUGCUUUUUCAAGAAUUGGAAAUUUUCAACGAAUGGUGUAUGCAAGCGAUGUAAGAUGCAUAAACAGUCUCCGCAUGGAUAGGCAUACAUUUAGCAUAUUGUGCUCUAUGUUACGCACAUCUGGUAAAUUAAGAGACACAAGAAAUGUGUCUGUAGAUGAAAUGGUAGCUAUGUUCCUGCAUAUUCUUGCGCACCAUGAAAAGAACAGAAUCAUACAAGAUAGAUUUUUGCGUUCUGGGGAAACAAUUAGCAGAUAUUUUAAUGUGGUAUUAAGAGCAGUCCUAUGUCUACAAGGACAAUUGUUAAAAACACCAGAACCUGUUCCAGAGAACUCAUCUGAUGAGAAGUGGAAAUGGUUUAAGAAUUGUCUCGGGGCACUAGAUGGGACAUAUAUUAGAGUACAUGUGCCAGAAGCGGACAAGCCUAGGUACCGAAGUAGGAAGAAUGAAAUUGCUACAAACGUCUUGGGAGUAUGCUCCCAAGAUAUGCAAUUCAUUUAUGUAUUACCGGGUUGGGAGGGUUCGGCUGCAGAUUCACGAGUACUACGUGAUGCCAUUAGUAGGAGACAUGGGUUCCGAGUCCCCCAUGGAUAUUACUACCUUGUUGAUGCUGGGUAUCCAAAUGGGGAGGGGUUUCUUGCUCCAUAUAGAGGCCAAAGAUAUCAUUUAAAUGAUUGGAGACAAGGAUACCAACCUACCACCCCUGAAGAAUUUUUUAACAUGAAGCAUUCUUCUGCUAGGAAUGUGAUAGAGAGAUGUUUUGGGUUACUUAAGAUGCGUUGGGCAAUUCUAAGGAGCCCUUCAUUUUUUCCAGUGAAGACGCAGUGCCGAAUUGUUAUAGCAUGUUGCUUGCUUCACAACCUUAUAAGAAGGGAAAUGGCAAUUGAUCCCUUAGAAAAUCAACUGAAUGCCAUUAUGGAUAACGAAGAUGAUGAUGAUGAUGAUAUAAUCAAUUUUAUCGACUCAUCAGAACAAUGGAAUGAUUGGAGAAGAGAGUUGGCAACACAAAUGUUCAAUGAAUGGAGAGGAAAUAGGAACACAAGAUGAAAAACUUGGUUGGAGAGUUCAUCAUCAGACCAAAAGAAGAACUGGAGACUUAAUUGAUUGUAUUUUUUACUUUUACUUUCUUCUUUUAGAGCUGUACGAUGUGCUUUUCAUUUGGUUUGGAGCUUUUGUUCUCAAGUUGGGUAGGCUAUAAUGUAUGCAACUUUAUUUUGUUUUAAGCAUAUGUACUUGUAGUUUCUAUGAGUUGUAAUGACCUAUAUUGUCAUUCAUUGCAGAAGGACUACAU